GAGGAUUUUAAAAAAGUUUUUGAGUUAUUCCAUGAAGAAAAUCAAACUACAGGCACUCUAGUGAGUUCAUAAGCCGUUAAGGGGUGUGGUGAACAGGUGAGUGUGAUUUGGUUAUUGAUGUUAUAAAUUGAGUGAUUCAGGCUCUUUUUGGUCUUACUAUAGCUGAAUAGAAACUUUCAGUUCUGGAUAUGCUAAGAAAGCAAACAUGAUGUCAUAGUUAAAUCUCUUCUCUGUACCUAUGGAGGAUGAGAAGCUACAUAGACAAGUAAAAGCUCCUGCUCUUUUGGCAUGGAACUUUAUCAAGGCUGAUUGCUAGAAGUCUUUGGCCACAAGGCUGAGGCGAGGGAAUGGCAUUCUAGUCUAGAGUGGUAUGAGUUUUGGAUGGUCUCAUUUUGGUUUUGUGAAAUGCUGUUUCUGUGGCUGAUGGUCCUUUUACCUCAUGAAAGAUGCACAGCAGUCUCUUUUGAUGCUUGGAAUAUUUCUUGGGUUGUUUGGCCACAGCAUUUUGAGAGGGCUGCAAUGUUACUGCAGCCCUGAAGUCAGCAGGAUGAGAGUUAACUAAGCGGCAGACAAAUAGAGAGAGACUGGAGACUACUCCUCUAACAAUCCAGGAAAAAUAUGUCUGAUCACUUGUGAGUGUAGGGGAGUAUUUUGAAGUCUGCUAUUUUGCUACACAUGAACUUCUUUAACCAACAUCCUGCAUGAUGAGGCAGCCAAAAAGUGCAUUGUCUGAUACUCGGAUAUCUGUCUGUGCUGCCCUGUCUUCAGUAAGAGCCAGUGUUAGGCUUGGGAGAGGGGCCCAGACAGAGACUCCUUACUUCCGUAACAUGGCUGAACCAUUCUCAACGUUAAUGAACUGUAAUUCCGUGUCCCUGAAAGUCUUCUGUCAUGCUACACCGUGGAAGAAGGAGGAAAUGUACAUUCUGGAUCCUAAUCUUGAGGCUCUGGCAGUCACUGAAGGAACCACCAUUACUUGUACCCAGCGUCCCUGAAGCUCUCUGCCCUCUGAAGGCCAAUAUCCCCAUUGCAGGCUUGGCAGGGGUGCUUUACAUUCUCCAGACCAAAGGCUAGUGUGUCAGGGUAGAGUAAGCUUUUGUCCAUAGUUUAAGCUAAUAUAGCAUGGUAACUAGCAUAGCUGAGCUGGAGACACCAGUUUCUCUUGCUGACUCUGCCCCAGGGAUUGUAAUCUCUGAUGGGAAGGUGGGAAUGACAACUGAGGGUAAUAACUGCUUAAAUCAACUUUGGCAAACCUACCUACUGCAAUUUAUGUUUGCCCCUGAGUGUGACAGUGAACAGUGGGGAAGGGGUUAAGGGUUAGCAGCCUGAUGCUUAACUCAGCAGACAGGGUUUGCUGUUUUUCUGAGGAAUACUUAAUAUUUCUUCUUUCCUUUCAUAUCUCCUCCAGCUGCUUCAAUGGCUUGAAAGUGUGCUUUAUUUAAAGCCGAGAGGAUGUAUAUACCAUGUGAUACAGAGCUGUGAAAAGAAGCAAACAAACCAUCUUCAGAGCUGGAAGGUGAUAGCAGGGUCAGCUGAGAGGCUAAGGCUAACUAGGUUGGAUGUUGUGCCACUUGAAUACAACAGCAGAGCUGUCAGGACCUGACAUGUUAUGUCUGAGCGGUACUGCCCAUCUAGAGCCACCACGGGUGUGGCUCUGCAUUGUGCCAUUUAGUUAUAAUCGUAAAUAUUCUGAUGACAAAAUCCUGUAAUGUACCAAUACUGUAAUCCUUUUGGAUCAGAUGCAUGAGGUGAGAUUUAAAUGAUUGUAACAAGCCUGAUAUAACCCAUCAACUGUGAAUGUUAUGUUAUGAUUUGUCACAGCACAGGUGCUGUGGCACACGCACUACAUUCAGGAGAUAUAUUUUGCUUUAAUGGUAUUAGCUGGGGUCAGUUUCCAACAUGAAGUCUUACAGAAAUGCUUGUUUGCAUUCAGAGAUGUGUGUACUUUCCCUCAACAGCAGAGAACGUUAUUUUACUGUCGUUUGUGAAAAAUGGCUUUGUACCAAUCUUGUUUUUGUUUUUAAUUUUUUUUCAGCACGUGACCUGAAUGGCAUCAAUUUAACUCCACUUGCAUGUAUUCUAUGAAAUAGCUCCUUUAAUGUCAGUUGAACAAGCUUAGAAACAUUCAAGUAAACAACCAUAGAUAGCUUAUAUGGAAUUCAUUCACUUUUCUUUAGUGUAUUGCCCAGAGGCAAAUGCAAGGUCAGAGUUGUAUUUGGAUGAUAAUGAAGAUGUUACAAACAAAAGGAAAUAGUUGCCAUAAUUCCCUAAUGGAGAGACAAGUUGUUACUUCUCCUUUUGGAACAAACAUCUCUUUUUACUUCUGAUGAGUAAGAUGGAAGGAAAUAUUGACAGUCCAAAAUGAGCAUGAAUUCCCAGCAUUUCAUGAAGCUUUGAGUGAAGUUGUUUGCAUGAUUAGCACCAGAUGUUAUGAGAUGGAAACUUGCACUUUCAGCGCUCUAAGGUGAGAGUAUGUAUUUGUGCAUGUAUCGUCUAUCUACGGUGACUCGUUUUUGUGCUAGUUUUGGGUGUUUGGACAGUUUUAUGCCAUCCUGUGGUACGUACAUGGUAAGACACUUAGCAGACCUUUGUCUUGUUUUUAAAAUAUUAAUGUGUAUUAAACUGAAACAAACUAGCUUAACUCCUGUCUUACUCUAGAAGAAAAAUACUACGUAAGAUACUAUAUAUCUUCUUACUAUGUAAGAAGAAACACCUUACAGUAAUCCAAGAAGGAUGUAGAGGAAUGGUGGGAGAGAAAAUCUUAAAAUGGAUUCUGAAAGUUAAAGUUUAACUUAAAUGAGAAUCAUGAAAUACAGAUAAGUGCUGUCACUAUUUAUUUACUUUACUGUGUUCAGGUAGGUGCUUAUUGUGAAGUAGCAUGCCUUUUUAUCCUUGCUUGUGUAUGUGGCAAAGUACAUGUGAGCAUCUACAAAACAUUCCUUAAAAAUGUAUUUGAAAGUGUUUACUAUGUCCCUUUCAAGAUCUUUUUAUUUUGUAAUAGGGCAGUGAGUGAAAUUCAUUAUGGUGAAUAUUUUUGGAGUAUAUUAAAUGCCAUUCAAGUGGCUGUUGAAUUUAUUAUGAGAAAAGGGAUUUGUUUUAUAGACGAACCAAAACCUCUUUCUUAACCACUGUAGAUUACAGGGGAGAUCUCAUUCAACUCUUUACGUCGUUAUUGGGAAGUCCUGCAAGAUGGAUUAUAUCAACGUUUUGAGAUGUUGCAGUUGUGGAUAUGAGUGAUAUUUCGAAACAGCCAUCACUAUUCUACCACCUGGGUGUGCGUGAGAGCUUUGACAUGGCGAAUAAUGUUAUACUUUACCAUGACACUGAUGCUGAUACUGCUCAAUCUCUCAAAGAUAUGGUAUCCCAGAAAAACACAGCUUCCAGUGGGAAUUAUUAUUUUAUUCCAUACAUUGUCACACCUUGUGCUGACUACUUUUGCUGUGAAAGUGAUGCCCAGCGAAGAGCUUCUGAGUAUAUGCAACCCAGCUGGGACAAUAUCCUGGGGCCACUUUGUGUCCCACUGGUGGAUAGGUUUAUCAGCCUUCUCAAGGAUGUUCAUGUUACGUCAUGUGCCUAUUAUAAAGAAACACUGCUAAAUGAUAUUAGAAAAGCUAGAGAGAAGUAUCAAGGAGAGGAACUGGCUAAGGAGCUGGCCAGAAUUAAGCUUCGUAUGGAUAACACUGAAGUGCUGACUUCUGACAUUGUCAUAAACCUGCUUCUUUCUUAUCGAGAUAUUCAGGACUAUGAUGCUAUGGUGAAGCUGGUAGAAACACUAGAAAUGCUUCCAACCUGUGAUCUGGCUGAUCAGCACAACAUUAAAUUUCAUUACGCUUUUGCGUUGAAUCGAAGAAACAAUGCGGGUGACAGGGAGAAGGCGCUACAAGUUAUGCUUCAAGUCCUGCAGACGUGUGAUCACCCUGCUCCAGAUAUGUUUUGCUUAUGUGGGAGGAUCUACAAGGAUAUGUUUCUUGAUUCUGACUGUAAAGAUACCAGUAGUCGAGAUCAUGCCAUUGAAUGGUAUCGCAAAGGAUUUGAACUCCAGUCAACUCUGUACUCUGGAAUUAACCUUGCAGUUCUGCUGCUUGUUGCAGGACAGCAGUUUGAAAGCUCGAUGGAGCUGAGAAAAAUAGGUGUACGGUUAAACAGUUUACUGGGAAGAAAAGGAAGCCUAGAAAAAAUGAACAAUUACUGGGAUGUGGGGCAGUUCUUCAGUGUCAGCAUGCUGGCUAAUGAUGUUGGUAAAGCAGUACAAGCCGCAGAGAAACUUUUUAAGCUGAAGCCUCCAGUAUGGUACUUGAAAUCAUUAGUUCAGAAUGUGAUGUUAAUUCAGCAUUUCAAGAAACUCACCAUAGAACAUUCUCCUAGACAAGAAAGAUUGACAUUCUGGCUAGAUAUAAUUUUUGAGGCAACGGAAGAAACAACUAAUGGACUGAGAUUUCCAGUUUUGGUGAUAGAGCCAACUAAAGUCUACCAGCCUGCAUAUGUAUCAAUCAACAACGAAGCAGAUGAGAGGUCUCUGUCUUUGUGGCAUGUCUCUCCGACUGAAAUGAAACAGAUUCAUGAAUGGAAUUUUACAGCUUCCUCCAUUAGGGGUAUAAGCAUAUCCAAGUUUGAUGAGCGAUGUUGUUUUCUUUAUGUCCAUGACAACUCUGAUGACUUUCAAAUCUACUUUUCUACAGAAAACCAGUGUAGUAGAUUCUGUGGGUUAGUUAAAGAAAUUUUGUCCGAUGCAGUUGGCAGUACUUUGGAACUAGAAGGAGAAAUUGAUGGUGACACAUUGGAGUAUGAAUAUGAUUAUGAUGAGAAUGGUGACAGGGUAGUUCUAGGGAAAGGUACGUAUGGAAUAGUUUAUGCUGGAAGAGACCUUAGCAAUCAGGUCCGAAUAGCUGUCAAAGAAAUACCCGAGAGAGACAGCAGAUAUUCUCAACCUCUUCAUGAAGAGAUAGCACUGCAUAAAUAUUUAAAGCAUCGGAACAUUGUCCAGUAUCUUGGAUCUGUUUCAGAAGAUGGCUACAUUAAGAUUUUUAUGGAGCAGGUGCCAGGAGGCAGCCUCUCGGCUCUCCUAAGAUCUAAGUGGGGCCCAAUGAAAGAACCCACUAUAAAAUUUUACACCAAGCAGAUUCUCGAAGGGCUUAAGUAUCUCCAUGAGAACCAGAUUGUACACAGAGAUAUAAAGGGGGAUAAUGUUUUGGUGAACACCUAUAGCGGAGUGGUAAAGAUAUCUGAUUUUGGUACGUCCAAACGGCUGGCAGGAAUUAAUCCAUGCACUGAAACAUUUACAGGAACCUUGCAGUACAUGGCUCCUGAAAUUAUUGAUAAAGGACCGCGUGGAUAUGGUGCACCAGCUGACAUCUGGUCACUAGGUUGUACCAUCAUUGAAAUGGCCACAGGCAAACCUCCGUUUCAUGAACUAGGAGAGCCUCAAGCAGCAAUGUUUAAAGUUGGGAUGUUUAAGAUUCAUCCUGAAACUCCAGAGUCGCUGUCUGCUGAAGCAAGGGCCUUUAUUUUGCUCUGUUUUGAACCUGAUCCUAGUAAACGCGUUACAGCAUCUGGUUUGCUCAGAGACGCCUUCCUGAAGCAAGUGAACAAGGGCAAGAAAAACAGAAUUGCAUUCAAGCCUUCAGAUUGCAGUCGUAAUACAUCCCUCCCACUGCCGAUCCACGGAGAACAGGCUGGCAGUAGCAGCAGUGAGCAUGGGUCUGUUUCGCCAGACUCUGACGUACAGCAUGACGUGUUUUUUGAAAGGCCAAAGAGAUCCAUUUCAGAGAUUCAGACAAAGCAUCACAUUUCCCAUUUAUUAAGCGUGCCUGACGAGAGCUUGGUGUCGGAGGACAGGAGCGCGUCUCCUUCUGUGGAGGACAAGGAUUCUGGCCUCUUUCUGCUGAGGAAGGACAGCGAACGCCGAGCCAUUCUGUAUAAGAUUCUUAAAGAAGAACAGAAUAAAGUUGCUUCAAAUUUGCAGGACUGUAUUGCACAGAGUUCUGAAGAACUGCAACUUUCAGUAACCCACAUCAAGCAAAUUAUUGGGAUCUUAAGGGACUUCAUACGCUCUCCUGAGCAGAGAGUGAUGGCUUCUACCAUAUCCAAGUUGAAAAUGGAUUUAGACUUUGACAGCACUUCCAUCAAUCAGAUCCAUCUGGUGCUGUUUGGUUUCCAGGAUGCGGUGAACAAAGUAUUAAGGAACCACUUAAUAAGGCCCCACUGGAUGUUUGCAAUGGAUAACAUCAUUCGCCGUGCAGUCCAAGCAGCAGUAACUAUUCUUAUUCCAGAGCUUCGAGCUCACUUUGAACCAGCGUCAGAAACUGAAGGUGGGGAUAAAGAUGGUGAUGAAGUGGAGGACAGUUACCAGCCCACUGAACAAAACAGGACUGAGGAUCCAGCCGUUGCGUCAGGAGUCAGCACCCUCAGUCCUGUGGUGUUGCAGGAGGCUCAGCAGCAGCUUAGCCUGGAGUUGGGCAGACUUAAACAAGAGAGCUUAAGGCUUUUGGAAAACCUAGUUCAGAAGGAGAAAGAGUAUCAGACCCUCUUACAACAAUCUUUGGAGCAAAGAACUCAGGACUUACACUUGCUUCAGUUAAAACGUAACAUUGAAGGUGAAUUAAUCUAUGACGUCAAUUCUGUUAAAGAAUCCCAACGGUCUGCAGCAACCCUUAGAGAGAAUGCAGACCCUGAGCUCAUGAACUGGCUGAAACAACAAGGAGCUGACUUGGAUGCAAUUAAGAAGGAACAACUUACUUUGCCUUUUAGUUUGCUGAAGAGGAUUAUACUCUCAGUGCGGUCCUUAAUGAUAUCACUAAAGAUGAUUUACGAUAUCUGCAACUACGUGGUGGUCUUCUCUGCAGAAUUUGGAAUGCAAUAUUAAUCCAUCGACAAACAUCUGCUAAGACCUCAGAGGCAGAAGGUUAAUUCUUUGGAAACAGAAUAUAUAACAGGAAUAAGCAAAUAAAGACACAUUCCUAAUACUUAAAUUAUUACAUGUGUAUAUAUAUUUGUAUGUAUGUAUUGUGGCCUUGCAGGUUUUGCACAACUAUGUAGCUUAUUUGACUUUCAGUGUAAUGCAGUGAAUAGUAAAAGUUUUUAAGUCUGCGUUAAUGCACCUCAUGAAUAAAACCAUACUGCAGAAGUCAGCUACCCAUCACUAAAUAUAAAGCAAUAGCUGAGAAAAAGCUUUUCUGCAAAGCAGUUACCACACCUGAACUGGAUUUAGCAUUUUGAAAACUGAACUUAAUGUGUUACAGUUCUGCUCUCUGAUGGCGUGAGCAGGAAGCAAUGACACUCUAGCAUGUAUGUCACCUCUUCGUAGACAAAUGUAUAUAGCUUUUUAUAUUAAAGCAACUCUCCCUAAACUACUAUGAAAAGCUGGGUAUGAUACCUUUCAUUU